AUGGGUCGCAAUCGAGUUCUCUCGUUUAUGUCCCAAUUUUCUGGUGGCAUAAAGACACCAUCUCCACCCGCGUCGCCGCCGAACGACCUUCCAGGCGUGAAUCUCAAGACGAAGCAGCAAUUGCCUUUAGAUCCGUUCCCCAAUCACGACGUCGACGCCGUUCGCCGUCCCGCCACCCCUCCCUCGCGGCCGGACUAUGGAAGUCCACUGAACGGAUCCCCACAUAACAGUCCUUCCCAGCAGCGACUACGCAGCUCAUCGCGACCAUUGUCUAUGGUGCAGACAUAUCAACCGCCAGUCAUGGAUAUCAACGAAGACACGAUCCCCGAACUUCAGCCCAUCUUCACUUUGCUCAAUAGCCACUCCAACAAGUUAUAUCAGGAGGGUUACUUUCUUAAGCUGGACGACCAAAAUACCCAGGGCAAACCCAACCCGGACAGAACAUGGACCGAGUGCUUCGCUCAGCUUGUCGGCACGGUCUUGUCUCUGUGGGAUGCCGCAGAGCUGGACGCUGCUGGCGAAGAUGGCGAGGUCCUCCCCAAAUUCAUCAACCUCACUGAUGCCUCAAUCAAGAUGAUUGAAUCCUUACCUACUCGCUCCAACGACGAGCAGCCGCUACAACACAUCUUAAGCCUCUCCACCGCCGGCAGAAACCGUUAUCUUCUUCAUUUCAACUCUCAUCACUCCUUGAUUCAGUGGACGGCAGGAAUCCGUCUUGCCAUGUAUGAACAUUCCACCUUGCAGGAGGCUUACACCGGCGCCUUGAUCGCCGGCAAGGGUAAAUCUCUUAACAACAUCAACGUCAUCAUGGAGAGGUCGAGAAUGAAGUCGGAGCAAUGGGUCCGCGUUCGUUUUGGCGCUGGCGUGCCAUGGCGGCGUUGUUGGUGUGUUAUUUCGCCUCCGGAUGAGAAGGAAUAUCAGAGGCUGCAAAAGGAGCUGAAGAAGAGAUCUCCAUACGAUCGCUCUCACUCUCCUGUGCUCAAAGGACACAUCAAGUUCUACGACACAAAGAAGGAUGGAAAGAAGCAGAAGAAGGCCCAACCGAUCGCCACUAUUACGGAUGCGUACUCAGCGUAUGCUAUAUAUCCUCAGGCCAAAUCUUUGGUAGAUGCGUCUACGCUUCUGAAGAUCGAGGGUAACGUUACGGUCCAUGCCGACCCACCGUCAUCCACAGAAGGGUUCAUUUUCAUCAUGCCCGAGGUUCAUCCAGCAGUGAGCGGCUUCGAGAUGUUGCUUCGUUUUUUGUUUCCCACGUGGGAUGCAUAUGCCCUGUACGGUCGUCCAGGUAGAUUGGUAGCCAGCAUUCUGGACCCUCGAUCCCUGAUGUUUGCCAUGCCUAAGCACAAGAAGUAUGGGUAUUUGGAAACUCUCGACGUCUCAACCCUGAUUCUAGAAGACAACAGCUCGACCUGGGCGGAGAGGGAGUGGCGCAAGCGUCUCAAGGAUGCUACAGGGACGAGGAUGAAUGCUCUCGAGGACGGGACUAGGUCCCACUCUCGCAGUGCAAGUAGAUGCAGUGCCAGAUUAAGCUUUGGCAGCGGAAGCAGGCCUAAAGUCGGGUUUUCGGAUGACGCUAACUUGUUGCAGGUUGGACGAGACCCUCAGCAUAUGCGAAACAUUUCAGAUCCCAACUUGGGCUCACGAAGCGAGCUUCACGGUCCCAAUGGUUCUCCGCAGCGAACUCAGCUUCCUCUUCGAAACGGCUACUCUGGCCGAAUGACACCUGGCGAGACAGCAAGCUCCGAUGAAGAGUUUUGCGCCUCGCCACCGCCCCCAAUGCACAACCUCGAGGCCAUGAGGAGCCUACAGUCUCCUGAGCCGGUUUCUCCCCCCCCCGCUUUCAAUCAUGCGUCUCAAGACCAUCCGACCAGCAAGGCCUAUCACUCUCCCGAACUUCGACGAGCCAAUAGCCGCUUAUCGAAUUCUACCCUCGCUCAAAUGGUAAAUGCUAGCGGUUUGAGCUCCGCGAAUAAUCCUCAGGGUCAAUACCCGACUGGCAGCGAUGGCGAGGACGGUGUGUAUCCAGGGAGCACGAAUUACUCACACGACCGCAUGGUUGGAUUCUAUGCUCGUAAUGGAGAUACUCGCGAAGACCAGACGAUAGCAAACCAAGACCGACAACCCAGGAACCACCUCUCUCCUCCUGCCCUUGAUAUUCCAAAUCAGCGGUCCAGGUCACCCAUGGGACCUCCAAGCCCUUAUGGCCUAGGUGAGAACUCCCGCCCCGGCACUUCUGAUAGCAAUCGGCCACCGCACCCACCGGGACAAGGCGGUCCGCCGCGGUCUCCUAACCCCCACCAACAAGGUUUUCGACCCGACCAAGCUGCACCUUCCCCAGGACCCGGAGGACCACCUGGUUCCUAUGGGCGAGGACGCCCCCCUCCAGGCCAGAGGCCACCUCCAAACGGCGCUCCCGGCCAACAUGCCAACAUGCGACCUGGCCCGGGCGGUCGCGGUGGUCCACCGCCUGGCCAUGCUCACCGAAAACCGGUCCCGAGGCAGACGAACAGCAUCACUCCCGAUCACAUCAUCGACCACUACACCUCGGAUUCCUUCCCAGGUGGGGCUCCAGUCUUUGAAAGACGACCCGCUCCUCCGCCACAUGGCCAGGGACCAGCUUUCGGCGGCUCAAACGGUCUCAAUGAUGAGGAACGACCUCGGGCAGGUGUCCUCAAGACGGUUGCGGGCGGUGAACCCCCAUUACAGAGAGAAGCGGAAUUCAAUGUACCCGAGUACGUCCAGCAUCGAGCUCUCGGGCCUUGUCCACCAUUCGGGACCAACCCAGCCGGUGCUCCUCAGGUUAUUGGGCCAAGGACUGCAACCCCUCAGCCAUUGUAUCCUGGCGCCGGACGACAAGAAGCUGGCCCACCGACACCACUACACGGCAUGCCGGGCAGCCUCUCGCGACCUAUGGGACCACCGUCUCCUCGUAUGCCACCGCAAGGCCAGUACGGACCCGGUCAAGUACCAGCUCAUGGUAGAUAUCAAGGGCAGGCAUUCUAG